AGGGACAAGCAGUGCAUGUAAAAGUUGCUGCUCCAGCGAGACGGCGAGGCUUUGCUCUGUGCUGUUUGUUGGCUUGGUUAGACGUGCCGUGUUUGCGAGAGGAGCAAGGUCACCACCUCUCCUCCUUAGAGCCGCCGACUGCGGGAGUUUUCGGGCCAGGUGCCAGAGCGGCGUGGUUAGUCAGUCAUGGGACAAACGUUCACCUGGCUGCUUUGAGAAAGUAGAAGGAAGUGGCUGCGUUGGCCUGAGAGCGCGCGUCGCGCUGAGGUUUUGCGCUAUGAGGGACGCUAAGGAGAAGGGAGUGCUCGAAGGAGGCGUGAGAGCGGGACCACGCGUUGCUAAGCAAGCGGUCUAGGCGUGUUACAGAGGACUUUCGUAAGGCUGGACCCCGAGGGGCUGGGGGCUUCGAAAGCCCCCACGGGCAGGCCGGCAGCCGCAGAGAACCGAGCGCCUCGGUCUGGUGUUGGCGGGAAAUGGCCCCCAGAGGCUGGUCGUGUCUGAUUUGCAUCUGCCUCUUCUGGUCAGUACAUGGGAUGGUACCAGAACCUCAAAAUGUGAGACUUCAUUCAGUCAUGUUCAACAGUGUUCUUCAGUGGGAUCCACCUAGUUUUUACAAAGAAAAUGUGACUUAUACAGUUCAGUAUAAAGAAUAUGUGAAUGGAUUCACUGAUUUGUGCCAAAGAACUGACUUCACAGAAUGUGAUAUUUCGAGUAUCCCCUUAUAUGGUACUAUCAUUAUAAGAGUCAGAACUGAGUUUGAGAAGGAAUGGUCAAACUGGGUAAACAUCUCUUUCACACCAUUCAAUGACACAAAAAUUGGACCACCUGUUCUUCAAGCUGAAGCCAUAAGAUCUGGGGUCUUGAAUGUACAAAUCACAGAUCCCCUUGCUACACGUGAUGGUGGCAAAUAUCCCAUAAAACAUUUUUAUGGGCAUAAUUCUGUGGUUUACAGGAUGCUGAUACGGAAGAAAGACUAUGGUAGUGAACAGAUGAUACCAGACCUGGAUCCUGGAACAACAUAUUGCCUUCAGGCUCAAGCAUUUAUUCAUGGAUUUAAUAAAAGUGGACAGUGGAGUGAAGCUUUUUGUAUCGGAACAACUGACAAAGGUAUAAAUACAGUGCAGCUGCCUGUUAUCCUACUACUAGUGUUGGUAUUGUUCACUUUCUGUUGCUUCAUGAUUUUACAUGCUUACCGCCGGGUCAAAUAUGUCUUCUUUCCUUCAUAUUCUUUACCACAGCAUUUCAAAGAGUUUUUAAGCAAGCCUUUUUACAGUUCACAGUUUCUUGCAUCUCAGUCGCAAGGAGAAGAACAUGCCUAUGACAAAAUAAUUGUCCUUUCAGAAGAGUCAAAAACUGAUGAUAAGGAAUCUGAUGAACAAGUGAGAAAUGCAAAGCAGCAGCUCCAAGGAUCCCUAAAAGAAAUCUCUAGGCCUAAAGACAUUUCAGACUCCAUGCCUCUGGUACACUCUUAAAAGUGGAAGGAAUAGAAUUGAAAGGCUACAUUUUGAGGGGACUUAGUGGCACUUUCAAAGAAGCUAUUUAUACUUUGCACAUUACAAAUUUCAAAAUAGUUAACUUUAUGAACAUUAUAUUUCAAACCUAUAUUUAUUCUGUUAUGAUACUCGAUAAGAAACUUGUAUAUACAAAUUCUCUAUUUUAAAAAUGUAUAUAUAUUGAAGCUUUAAUUUUAGAACAAAAUAUAGAUGAAGUAUUAAGUAAGUUCCACUCAUAUAAAUAACAGUGUAAGGUUCCAAGUAUUAUUUAUAUUUAUAUUUAUAUUACAGCAAUUUGUAUAGAAUAAUUCAUUAUGAGAACUAUAUUAGGAUCUAUAAAAUUAUGCUACUCACAUAGUGUUAUAUUUCCUGAUCCACAUUUGCUUUUAACUACAUUUUACUUCAGUAAAACAUAUUUAAGAACAUAAGCAUACAUAGGAUCUGGGUAAGGAUAUCUGUCCAUAUAAGCAGGCUUCUGCAUGCAUCUCAUUUGCUGGAUCAGGAACCUUGUGUGAAUGUGAUGCACAUCUGGUAUGGAUGGCAUCUGUCUACACAGCAUUUCUUUCAAUGCAAUUUGCAUGUCAACACCCUUUCCAAACCAUAUUCUAGAGCAUCUAGUUGCAUCUUUUAAUUUAAAAGCACAAAUAGAGUUGGGUUGGGAUUAAUGCAGCAGAGCCAUAUGUACACAGUAGCAGGUUUCCAUAUGUUCUGGAUGUUUAUAUAAUGAACAAUAUACACACAUAUUAGGGUGCACAUGUUUCACCAAUCUGGAAAGCCCUCUCCAGGAACUGAGAAGAGGCAAGACUGAAGCCCAGACAUCUGCUGUCCCCUCUCAUGUUGCCCCUGAAUAGAUAAUUCAGCUGAGCUGACACAGGUGGUCUCGAGUGUACUGUUGAGAUCCUCCAGACUGUCGGUUCUGGGGGAUGUCAACAUCCAUGCUGAGGCCGCCUUAUCUGGGGCAGCUCAGGAUUUCAUGGUCUCCAUGACAACCAUGGGACUGUCCCAAUAUGCCACUGGCCCAAGAAAUGUAGCAGGGCAUACUCUAGACUUGGUUUUUGCAACUGGACAGGGAGAUGGUGAUCUGAAAAUGGGGGGCCUUACAUCAGUCCCUUUGUCAUGAACAGAUCACUGCUUGCUGAAGUUUAGACUUACAGCAGAUUUUCCCCUCUGCAAGGGUGGGGGACCUAUUAAGUUGGUCCGUCCCCAGAGACUAAUGGAUCUGGAUGGUUUCCAAAGGGCUCUGGGAAGUUUUCCAGCUGAUAGGGUUGGAGCUCCUGUUGAAACCCUGGUUGAACUGUGGAAUACAGAAAUGACCCGGGCAGUUGACAUGAUUGCUCCUGAGCGCCCUCUCCUGUAUAGAGCUCAUACGGCUCUAUGGUUUACCCCAGAGCUGAGAGCGAUGAGACAAUAUAGGAGACGGCUUGAGUGCAGAUGGAGACAAACUCCUGAUGGAUGCAAUUAUACACUGGUAAGUGCCUAUGGUAAGCUGUAUUUAGGGGCAGUGAGGGCAGCAAAACAACAAUACUUUGCUGCCACUAUCAAAUCAUCACUCUGCCACCCAGUGGAGCUCUUCAGAAUUUUCUGGGGUCUAUUACAUGCUGGCCCCAGGGACAUGGUAGAACCAUCUGAGGCCCACUGUAAUAAAUUUGCUACGCACUUCCAGGAUAAAAUCUUUGACAUCCACCAGGACGUAGACUCCAGUGUUAUAGUAGGUGAAUCAAGCAAGGUAUCCAGAGCACAGCCUUGUCUUGAUUUCUUGGAUGAGUUUGAGUUGGUACAGCUUGAGGACGUUGACAAGGUGCUUGAAGGUUUGUGAAACCACUUCUGUAUUGGAUCCUUGCCCUUCUUGGCUAAUAAAAGCUAGCAGGGAUGGAACAGCUGGCUGAGCCAGGAAAGUGAUCAAUGCCUCUCUGGGAGAGGGAGUGGUCCCUGGCCACCUGAAAGAGGCGGUAGUGAGACCACUCCUAAAGAGAGGACCCAGAAAAUCUUAACUAUAGGCCAGUGGCAAAUGUUCCAUUCCUGGGCAAAGUCCUUGAACAAGUGGUUGCAGGCCAGCUCCACACACUUGAUGAGGCCGAUUAUCUGGAUCCAUUUCAGUCGGGUUUCAGGCCUGGUUUUGGCACAGAAACAGCCUUGGUCACCCUGUAUGAUGACCUUUGUUGGAAGAGAGACGGGGGGAGUGUGACUGUUGAU